UUUUUGCUUCUCGCUUCAUUCCUGUUUCAGUUUUUAUCCGUAGAGGAAGGAUGCCUUCUGCUUCAAUUGCAACACCAAUACCAACAACAACAACAACAAAUAAUAAACUAGUGAAACAAUCCUCCGUGAAUUCAAUGAAUUCUGGUGGCCCGAUUGGAUCUAGUGCUGGCAGCGGUGGUGGUGGUGUCGGUGGCGGAGGUGGUAGUAGUGGUAAGGGCAAUAAGAAAAUAACGGAAAGUUCAAUCAAGUCCAACAACAGUAAUAGCAGCAGCGGCAGCAACAAUGAGACAUCAAGCAACAAAUCUGCGAAGGAAAUAACCAACAAUGUGGUGGCAGCUGCCGUCACCUCCUCCUCAUCGUCGUCGGCUGAUCAAUGCACCAGCGCCAGCAAUAACAAUGGAAAAAAUUGGGAAACUAAUUCGACCGCUGGUAAUUCCGUGGUUGCGGCUCCCUCGGCCGCCUCUAAAGAUGCUGGCAAUGAUGCCUUGAAUCCCAUGAAAUUGACUUUUACCACAAUUGAGCAUAAAAUACGCAAUUUGGAAAAACGUAAGACAAAGUUGGAAGGCUAUCGUGCCCUUGAUGCCAUCGGUAAGGAGUUGAGCGUUGAACAGCGGGCUGCAGUAAAUAAAUAUGAUGCGGUAUUGGCAACUCUUGAGUUUGCACGUGAUUUGGUGAAGCAAAUGCAGCAAUUCGCCAAGGAUGCUGAAAAGGAACAGAAGAAGCAGGCUCGCAAGGAUUUGAUUGCCAAGGCUCAAGCUGAAACUACUAAGAUACGUGAGGUUUUGAUUAUACAAAACAUUCUGUCUUGUUUCACUGAUGAUGCAGUGCGCAACGAUUUCAUGACUGCCGAACAUGGUGCUACCAAACUGGAACCAAGUGAAAUGGAUAUAAUUGAAAAAUUUUGUAUGGAUGUUCAAACAAGACGUCCCGAAACCGCCGAAGAUGUCCCCUUUGCCACUUCAGCCCAGAAGGCAGCGGAAAUAUUCUCCAUGACCAUAGAUGCACGUCCAAAGCAGUAUGGGGAAACCACUUAUGAAAAUGUGAAAAGAAUUUUCCAACGCAUUCAAGCUUCGGAUUAUUUGGAUAAAAUCUAUUUGACAGAUGUUGUGGAGACAGAAAUCAAGGAAGAGUGCAAUGACAUGGACAACAAUGUCAUGGAGGAGGGCAGUGGUGGUGUGGUGGGAAUUGAUACUCUGGCCAACGAACAGGAGGAGAAUGCGGUAGGAGGUGUAACCAGCUUGGAGGAGGGAAUGGAAAAUUUGCAUGUGGUGGAAAAUGUUGCCACUGGUUCUGUUAAUGAUGCAAAUGAAAGCGUAAUGACGGCACAGCAACAACAGCAACCGCCACAACAUCAUCAACCACCAAUGCAACAGCAACCGACGCCUCAUCAUGGUGAAAAUUUGGAAAUGCAGCAGCACCACCACCAACAACCACAGCAGCAGGUAAUGGCCAAUAUGCCAGCACCGGGUCAGCCAUUGUUGCAAACGCCUAUGGCUCCCCCUGCAUCGGCUGUACCUGCUUUCCAGACUACAGCUACUGCUCCUGGACAUUCCGGAGCCACGACACCCGUACAUGUGGCCAUGUAUGCUGCCUUACCUGCACCAACACCACAACAGAUGCAACAAAUAGCUCCCGGAGGUGCCAUUAUUGGUAAUGUACCGCCCCCAGCGGGUCCAGGACAGAUUGUAACGAAUGCUGCUUUGGCGGCUCCGCAACAGCAAGCUGUCGCUGCUGCAGCUAGUGUUCCAACACAAACACAACAGCGUCAAAUGCUUGGUAGUCCGGCAAACGCAGCUGUGGCUGGUAUGGCACCACCAAUGCAACAACCACCCCCACCUCCGCCAGGUCUAUACAAUCCCACACCUGUGCAUGCUGUAGAGCAGGGGUUCUUUAAACAUCCUUCUCAUCCACAACAGCAACAACAACAGCAGCAACAACAAGCGCAACAACAGGCGCAACAACACCAACAGUAUUUGCAACAAAUGCGUCCUUUGGCUGAAGUCAUUGGUGGUGGCAAUUUCUAUUUCCUGCAGGACAGUGAAUUGGAUUCCCCCGAACUGAAUGCACAAGGUCAGGUUGGACCACAGACUACUAUUAUCUUUGAACAGCAACAGCAACAACAGCAGUCACAGACACAGGCACCGCUGCCACAGCAGCAGCAAGCGCCUCAGCAACCACAGCUUAUGCCACAACAACAGCAGCAGCAACAUGUGGCCAUGCAAAACUUGCCACAUCAGCAGAAGCCCUCUCCCAAUCUUUUAACUGAACAGAACCCUCAAAUUUUGACAAAUGGUGGUGGCCCACCCACAACACAGGUGCCAAUGCCACCCCAGCAACUUCAGCAAAAUGUUGCCCAGCAAACACCUAUACAAACUCAAACAUUCACAAACCAAUCAUUCCCACAAAUGGCGGCAGCCAACCAACAGGCAGCCAAUGUUUUAGCCAGCAACUCGUCAAGUCCUUUAUUCCAUCAACAGCAGCAGCAGCAGCAACAACAAACACAACCCAUGCAACAUCAAGCACCACAAAGCCAAAAACCCAUCCAACAACAACAGCAGCAACAACUGUUUUCACCUGUGCAAGCACAGAAUACACAGAAUAUGCAGCCAAACUCCCAACAACAACAACAGCCACCAUCGCAAAUGCUUAUGUCCAGUUCAGUGGAUGCUGCUCAACAGGCUCCUGGUUUGAUGUUAAUCAACCGCUUGGCUGCUAAUGCAGUUCCUCAAAAUCAUUUGAUGCAACAGCAGAUGCAGCAAACAAUGCCACCACAAAAUCAACCACAACAACAGCAACAAAGUGGUUUAUUGCAACAACAACAGGUGAUGGGCGCAGGAAGCGUUAUGACACCCCAUCAACUAACCACUCCCAACCAAAAUGAUCUUAAUAACACCCCCAAGAGUGCAGGCUUCCCCUUUGACAACCCCGUUGUAACCGGUCUCAGCUAUGAGCAACAAAUGCAGAAUCAACUCAACAACGCUGCCAAUGUCCUCAAGAAAUCGUUGGGCGUUAGAGACGAUGAAUCGAGCAAGACCUCGGUGCCAUUGAAUAAAAACGAUUUGAUCAACGAGUGGACAGAUGCUGGUUUGAAGGCCACAGCAGUUGUUGCUGCGGCGGCAGCGACAACAGGUGAUUUUAAAUCUUCCAAUGUGGCCUCAGAGGCGAACAAAUGGAAUACAGCAGAGGCAAAUGCCAACUCGCCCAUAACGGUGCAGCAAACACAGCAGCAACGUAAAAAUGAAUGGACCUCUUCAACGGCGACGCCCAACAACGCCAAUGUCUCGGAGGGCGGCGGAGGCGGUGGCUAUGUCAGUGAUAAUCGCAGCGAUGCCAGCAAUCAUUGGCAUUCCCAAGAUUCCACCCAAGGUUAUGGACGUAAUGCGGCCAACCGUAAUCAGGGAAGUGGAGGAUCAGGGGGAGGUGUGGGUGGUGGCAACCCAGGCGGUGGCUAUCAACGACGCAAUGACGAACGCAGAGAUGAUAGAAGACCUGGCGGCAAUACUGGUGGUGGCGGCUACCGAGGACGCUCUAACUAUGGCUCAGGAGGACCUCAACAAAAUGGCAACACCAGGGGAGGCCAAUCUGGUGGUAGUGGUAUUUAUUUCCGCAACAAUGAAAACAACAACUCCGGUGGCGGCUACUAUCAGAAUGGAGGCGGCGGUGGCGGAAAUGUUUACCCCAACAAAGAUGGAGGUUCCCGCUAUGAGUCCAGCGGCGCGGGCAACUACCGUGGCCCCCGCACCUCAGGCAACAAUUCGGCGAAUCCACGCAAUGGACCCCCACCCAGGCACAUGGGAGGCGGAGGCGGACGCACACAGGGUGGCCAGAGCAACUCAUCCAACACAAACUCGAAUUCAUACAUGAACUCGCGGCAGUCCUCAAAUCGCAUGCCAUUGGGUUUAGAGAAUAAGAACUAGACACAAAGAUGCGCCGCCGUCUCAGCAUGGAAGGAUAAAACACGAAGAUGAAGCUAUCCUCCUAAGAGCAAAACCCAACAAGAAACAAUUACAUUACAAAUAAUACAAAUGAAAUAUGUAGCAUUAAACCACAAGAAAUAAGAGAAUUUUAAUAUUAAAAUUCAUACGUCGUAUUUAGAGAAACAAAUAAGUAGUAGUAUGUAUUACAAGAAGACCACUGUCCCCUCAUACACAUACAGGGGAUAGUUCAAGUCCCGAAACGCCCCACCCGCCCUACAACCUACAUCCUACUCGUACCCUAACAUGUCCUAUACAUACAACACACAUACAAACAAAGACCAGACCGGACCGUUUUAAAAGAACUCUUGUCCCUUUUGCAAAGGUGCCAAUGGUCACUGUUAACAUAGACCUUGGCAGAGUUUUUUAACCCAAAAGCCAUAUUUAUAACUGAAAAUGAAUUUUAGUCUAAGGGAGAAACCAAAACAAAGUUGUCUCUUCUUAUGGCCGUCCGAUUCAUGUUCUUCAUUUAUAUCCUCGUCUCCCCAGCGCUCCCAUCUCAUAUACCCCACUUCCAAAAACCAAGCGCAUCCUUUGAAAUUACUUAUGAAGCAGAAGGCAAAAAACCUCUUUUUUUCAUUAUUAUUAUUAUUAUUAUAUGAUAAAAACAAAAAAUUUAUGUAUUUAAUCUUAAAACAAAAAAAAAAACAUAUGAAUAUAAUAAUUAAAAACAAAGAACAACAUCCAGAAACGAUUACAAAAUAAUAAAAACAUGAGAUACUUAUAUUUAAAUAAACAACAACAAAAAAAGAAUAA